AUGGAUGUUGCAUGCCCACAGUCGCCAGUAAACCCAUUUCUUGUGCCCAACAUCAACGCGUAUGGAAUCAGCCGUAAUCCAUUGCCUUUGAUCCCAGCAUCUCCACUUUCAGUUUUUGAUCAAGCAUUGUCACCAACAUCAUCUGCUACGCGGCAAACCUUCCUGUUACCGGCAUCUCCUAUGCCAUCGCCACGUUUCUUGUUUCCCCGCAAACCACCGCCUUGUCCGGGU